AUGGCCCCAGUCCCCACCCGCCUCAAUGUGGCUCCCGUCCCUGGUGACGAGAUCUUUGCCUUGAACGCCGCCUUCUUCGCCGAUACCAACCCACAGAAAGUUAGUCUGGGCGUCGGUGUCUACCGUACAGAUGACGGAAAGCCAUGGCCCUUGCCAGUUGUUCAGAAAGCCGAGAAGGAAUUGGCCGCCGAGAACGACCUCAUGCGACACGAAUACACCGCGAUCGAGGGCGACGUUCCCUUCCUAGGACUGGCGCGGGAUCUGAUGUUUGGAUUCGAGAGCGGCAACGGUGACGUCGAGGCCAAGGCACGCAUUGCAUCCGUGCAGACCGUCGCCGGAACUGGUGCAAACCACCUUGGUUCCCUGUUCCUGGCGCACCACAUGAAGCCGCGCUCCGUGUGGCUGUCGAACCCAUCAUGGGCGAACCACAUGACGAUUUGGGAAUUGGCCGGUGUGCCCCGAAAGACAUACCCGUACUACCACGCUGCGACGCGGUCGUUCGAUUUCGAAGGCAUGAUCGCCACGCUGGAGUCUGAGGCGGAGGAAGGUGAUGCAGUUCUGCUGCAUGCUUGUGCGCAUAACCCUACCGGUCUAGACCCUAACAAGGAGCAAUGGAUGGCUAUUGCGGAUUUGUGUGAGCGUAAGAAUUUGUUCCCCUUCUUCGACUCUGCCUAUCAGGGUUUCGCCUCGGGUUCCGUUGAGGAGGAUGCUUGGGCUGUGCGAUACUUCUUCAACAACAAGCCGGAUAUGGAGAUGUGUGUUGCACAGUCCUUCUCGAAGAACUUUGGUCUGUACGGUCAGCGUGUUGGUGCUUUCCACUACGUGACUAGCCGCGGUGCCACUUCUAUCCGUGAUAUUGUGGUGAACAACCUAUGCCAUCUUAUUCGUGGCGAGUUCUCCAUGGGUCCCCGUAUUGGUACCACUAUCGUCAAGAAGAUCUUGACUAAUGAUGAGUUGGUUGCCGAUUGGCAUAAGGAUUUGGAGGUUAUGAGCUCUCGUAUAAAGUCUAUGCGUAAGGCUUUGUACGAUGAGCUGGUUCGCUUGAAGACCCCCGGUACCUGGGAGCACAUUAUCGAGCAGAACGGCAUGUUCUCCUACACUGGUCUUACCAUCAAGCAAGUCCACGCUCUGAAGGACCAGUACCACAUCUACCUGCUCAAGUCUGGCCGAGCAUCUAUCAGUGGCUUGAGUGAGAAGAAUGUCAAGUACGUGGCUCAGGCCAUUGACGAUGUUAUUCGCACCGUCCUUUAA